AUGUGCAUGCAAGCUGCGCCUGUGUUACACUCACUUGGGCAUUUGCUUUUUCGUCAUCAAGCCGGCAAGCCGCGUACCCCCAAAGCACCAAGCACACAAUACGCCACUCCGUUGUCAUCCUUCUCGAGUUCCGCUGCCCUCUUCGCGGGAGUUGAAUCACUUGCCGCCACGUCACAUGAUCAGCCUGGAACCUCGCAGCUUGUGCUACUAGAUGAAGUUUGCACGUUCGGGUCCAGCGAGAAGGCUGGCAAGCUGUUCCUGAGGGCCCACAAAGGCGCUGAUGAAGACGACGAAGCGCGGACAAUCAACAUGAAAAUUCUCGACGAUAUGAUGAGCAGUGCAGUCCUACGUGACGAUUCUUUCUGGAAGUGGGUAAGAAAACUGAAAUUGACGGACGAACAAGUCUACAAUGCGCUGGACGUCGACAACCUACCCACGUACAGGAGAAUCUUCCAGGAAUAUCAGAAGUACCUCGAACGAGUCGCUCCGCAUCUGCUCACGAAGUAG